AGAGCGACUUUGGCCGAACUCACGAUUGGUGCUUCUCUCUUUUAGUUCAGUGGGAAUUGCUUCUCAAUGUAGCCACGGAGCACAAGACAGAAACUCACGAUUUUUAUGGCCGCCAUCGACAAAGUGCGUGUUAUUUUAGUUGGGGACUCCGGCGUUGGGAAAACCUCCCUGACCCACCUCAUCGCCCACAGCGAGCCACUGACGUCGCCCGGAUGGACUGUCGGCUGCUCGGUGGAGGUGAAGCUGCACGAAUAUAAGGAGGGAACUGCGCAGCAGAAGACUUUCUUCGUGGAACUCUGGGACAUUGGCGGCUCUGUGAGUCACAAGAACACUCGGGGGGUGUUCUACACGCCCACUCACGGCGUGAUUCUCGUGCACGACCUCACAAAUCGCAAGAGUCACGAAAACCUGAAGCAAUGGCUCAUGGAGAUCAUCAACAAGGACGGCAAGGACAUCGGCAAGGGCGGAAAUGACACUGACUUUGAUCCCGAGCAAUUUCUAGGCGCGACACACAUUCCUAUUCUAGUGUUUGGCACAAAACUCGAUCAUGUCGACGAGACGCAAAUCUCGAAGCACUUGCAGAGAUACUCAAUGAAUGGGAGCAUCGCUGAGCAGUGCGGCGCUGAUGAGAUUUGCCUGAAUUGCCACGACACGAGAUCUCUGGCCGCCGGAACGACGGACGCGGUGAAGUUGAGCAGAUUCUUCGACAAAGUGAUCGAGAGGAAGUAUUUCUCCAAGGAUUCCAGCUUCUUCAGUGACAAACGCAAGUUUGUCAGUCCUUUCACGUCGCCUCUGAACACGCCCUUCAACAGUCCCUUCGCCACAUCGUCAUUUGCUAGUCCGCCAAUGAAUUUGGACACGGUUCUUGAGUGAUAAUUAGGUAGGAUUUUGAUAUAAGAUAUCAUAAAUUAUGAUUUAGGGUUAAAAUAAAAUUGUAAAAAGUCAGAAAACCAAUUUAGACAAUCAUUUUCUAUGAGAAAAAUGAUAAAAUUAUAGGAUAAAUUGAUAUAAAUGUAUCAUAAAUAAUGUAAUAAAACAUAAAGACUUGUAUUUCACACAAAUGUAUGACUAAAUAAUCUCAAUGAAUGAACUGAAAAUA